AAAAAAAUUAAAACAAUAGUUGGUUUUGUAUAUGAGGUACCAUGUAGUAUGAAAUGCUUUAGAUUUUCGGAAUCAAAAUAUAGUGUUUCUUGUUUGAUAAUGAUGCUAAUAAAAGAUUAUCUUGCUAAUAUUAACAAGGAAUAUGAACACCAUGUGGUCAGGUUAUUUGACAAAUUACAAAUGACCGAGCAAGAUAAAGUUAUGAAUGAGAGAUGUCAAGCAGAAUUUGCUUAUCUUGAAUUCGCUUCUAAGCAUAUUAAUUACCACCAAAAUGAUAAGGGAGAUUAUAUCCAUAAUAUUUAUCCAUCAAUUAUAAUUCCGCAAAACAGCUACAAGGUAUUAGAUCAAAUGAGAGACCGUAAUUUUGAAUGUUCUUAUCAUUUCAGACAUGUUUAUCCGUAUUUUGUAAGUGAAUUUGGUCAUUGCCAUAUUUAUAAAAGUCGUUAUUGUCCUACUGAUACAAAGUACUAUACUUUUACAAACCACCAAUCAAGGGGGUUGCUAAGUAAGAAUUCAUUUUUAAAAGCAUAUCUGCAUACUUUAAGAGUGUUCUUGUCAGAAAUCCGUACAUACCGUGAACUCUACAAUGUUCUGAAAAGUGGUAUUUUGUAUAAUUAUGCAGUAAAAUAUACUAGAAGGGGUUGUACUAGGAGUUGCCUUCCUAGUUAUAAAUAUGGAAGAUGUGCAUGGAAUAAUAAAACAAACCUUUGUGGAUUCUAUAUAACGGUUAAAUACAAGGUAAAAGAUUCAGUCGUAGAUUCUAGAAAAAGACCAUUAGAGAUCAUUCAUGACUAUAAUCCAGAUGAUUCAUUUAAGAAGUUUGUACGCUUUGUAGAUUCAUAUCUUACGGUGCACAGAUUUAAAAAAUACUUUGAGAAGGAUAAUCAAACAGAGUUAAUAAAGGGUAUAACCUCGGCAUGCGAACUUGAUAUAGCUAAAAUUAUUCAUCCGCCUCCAACAAUUGACAAUCAAAUAUUUAAAAGGCGUAAAAUUGAUGUAUAGUUAAUUAAUGAAAACAGUUUUAAUGAAUAUUCUGAGAGAGUAACUAAACUAAUUAUUAUCCUUGGUGGUGCUAUCAUAGUUUGUAAAGCUGAAAAGAUAUUUAGGAUGUUGAAUCAUUUAACAUCAAUUGUAGUAUUUAAGUCAUCCCUUUAGGAGGUAGUGGUGCCAGUAGAGUGCAAAAAAAAGUAAUAGCAUGUCUUGAAUUCUAUCGAGUAGAUUGACGCGUUAUUGUAUAUAACAUUGAACUUUACAUAUAAUGCGUAAUUAGUGAGUGAGUAAAAGCUGAUUCUACUUGUUUGCUCAUUACGACACAUUCACUACGUGAGACUCGUAGUCAAUUAGGUGUCUUUGCAUACUUACUCAAUACUCACUAGUACUUAUAUUAGUUAGAGUCAAG